UGGAAGAACGAUGUGGAAAGAAGGUAAGCAUGGAUGGAAUAGGUAUAAGCUGGAUGCGCCUAAAACCGUCAAGACGUGUCCAUUAUUCUCCUAACAUGAAUUGUACAGUCAACAUUGAGACCGAACUGAAUAAGCAAAUGGUAAUUGUGUUUAUGUCCAUUGACAUUGAAUUUGAGCCUCAAUGCGAUGACGACUUCCUGCUCCUGUAUGACGGAAACAGUACCAAAAGUAAACUUGUUAAUGGUUUAAGAAGAAAAGUUUGUGGAUCAGUUUCGCCUUCAGGGUCCUUCAUAACAACGUCGAACGUGUUGUCAAUCUAUUUCAAAUCAGAUUCAUGGUCCAGUGAGAAUGGAUUCAACCUUGUUAUUACAAGCUUUCACGAAGGCAUAUGCAACGCAAAUGAGUUCCACUGUGAUAAUGGAAGAUGUAUAUCUGAUUACUUAACUAAUGAUGGAAUGAAUAACUGUGGAGACGGCAGUGAUGAAUUUGAUCUCAGCAUUGGAGCUAUCUGGGGCGUUGUAGUAGGAGUUUUUAUAGUAACAACUAUAGGUGUAUGCAUCGCAAUAACCUCUAGAAGAAGGAAAAGAAAGACGACACAUACUUCUAAAGAUAGAAAAAAUCCAGAAAAAAAUAAUAAACCUUGGAAACCGGAGGAAAUUUCCCCGCCUGAAGGACAAAGAAAGUCAUAUCAACAUUGUGUGCAGUCAGAUACAAGCCAACAAUUUCCAGGCAUCCAAGAAAACAGUCAAAAUAUUGACAUGGAGUCAGACGCAAGCAACCACAAUUUCAACACCGUAAACUGUGAUAAUAAAUCUCAUAUGCAUUUCAGUAACACGGAACUGGAAGAAUAUAUACGUGAGAUAAUAGAGCUAAAAAGUAAACGAAGUCAGUCAGUCUGGUAAAUUUAUAUGGCUUCAAUCGUCUAGAUUAUUCUUCAAAUGCGUUUGCUUUUGAUGCAAGUCAGAUUAUUCUGUAUAAAUAACAUAAGUAUUAUUCCUCUUUUCAACUUUUUUUGUAGAAUCAUAACAAACAUAUAUGCAUAUGCAUUGUGUUUUAAUCAAACAAUAAAACGAUUAAAAAAGGAUAGAUUUUUUUUUUAGAUAUAAUGCAAUUUAGAGGGUGCAUGAUAAAACUAUUAUUCAGGUCAUGAAAAGGGACGGGUUUCGAUAAUGAGCGUUUGUUUUUAGGUAAGUGAGAGAUAGGUUGUUAGAGGUUAUCGUUAUUGUAGGUCUAGUGGUAGUAAUGGUAGUAAGUGUAUAUCACAAUAAUAUAUGGGCAUGGUACUUAAAGUAAAUGAAUUUCAAACGAACAUUAAAAACAUUUGUAUUUAAUUUAAGUAUCGCUAGUGUUCUUUUUCUAGAUUACUUAUUUUUACCGUUAUGUGUGAUCGUGAUUAGAAAGAUGUAUCGUAUAUAUCGACCUUCAGCCCUGUCUUGAACUUUUAGAAGUAUUGCGUACAUAAUUUACUACUGAAG